GCUACCGAAAGCCUGUCAACAUUUAGAAAAGUCAAGGGCAAAAACAGACCGUUUUUUAGACUCAUGUUUAAUUUUCACCGUCACUGUUUGUCGUGGUCGGAGAUGCGUUUGUAUCUUCGUGUGUUGUGGGAAUAAACACACUUCAGCUUGUCUGCUAGCCAGGAAGAGUUGACAUCUCACUGUUGGCUGCUGGUUAGCUGACACAGUCAACAUAGGAGCUAAAAUAAAGAGGAUGGUCCGGGAUAAUUGAGGCCUCUUAACCGUGUUAUUGCCCAUAAUUAGAGCUCCAGAUGCGGCUUAAGGACCCCUUCUCUUUGAAAGCCGCCGACAUGACUAAGCGGACAAAUAAACCGAGGAAACCUCGUGAUGAAGAGUCAUCAGAUGAAGUCAGUGGGCUGACUUGCCAGCAUGUGAACAAGGCUGUGGACCUGAGCUCAGUGAAGAAGUCAGUGCUGUCCAGCGUGUGGUUGAUGUGCUCUGAGUGCCUAAAGGAAAGGACCAUGAUUGAUGGAGAGCCAGCAACAUCACAUGACAUCUUGGUCUGCCUCAAGUGUGGUUCUCAGGGCUGUAACCAGUCAGGGAUCCAGCACGCUGUCAAGCACCACCAAACCUUCCAUCCUGAGUCUCACUGCAUCACCAUCAGCUUGAGCACGUGGAAGGCCUGGUGUUUUGAAUGUAACGAGGAGCUCUCCACUCACUGUAACAAAAAGGCCUUGGCUCAGACCCUGGAUUUUCUACAAAAGCACUCUGUCAAGGCAACAUCAGCAGCGUCACCCAAGAUCAUCAAGCUGCGAGAGGAGCCAUCAGAUUAUAGUGACUCCCACAGAGGCAAGAGUCCAGCCAUCAAUAGCACCCUGGUUCCUGUCAAAGGCAUCAAUAACCUCGGCAACACCUGCUUCUUCAACGCUGUUAUGCAGAACCUGUCACAGACACACAUGCUCAUCGACCUCAUCCAGGAAUUGAAGGAGAAAGGAUACAAGCUGAAGAUCUGCCCCACUGUCGAGACCCAUCUGAGUCCAAUGACAGUAACGCUGCCCAGUCCAGAGCCCCUGACUGCGGCCAUGUUUCUCUUCCUCCAGAGCAUGAAAGAACCAGGAAAAGGCCCGGUCAAUCCCAAGAUCCUCUUUAAUCAGCUCUGCCAGAAGGCACCGCGUUUCAAGGGCUACCAACAACAGGACAGCCAGGAGCUUUUGCACUACUUACUGGACUCCAUACGAGUAGAGGAAACUAAGAGGGUGAAAGCAGGCAUCCUGAAGGCUUUCAACAAUCCCACAGAGAAGACAGCAGAUGAAGAGACCAAACGCCAAGUCAAAGCGUACGGGAAGGAAGGUGUGAAGAUGAACUUUGUUGACUCCAUCUUUGUAGGCGAGCUGACCAACACCAUUAUGUGUGAAGAGUGUGAGCAUAUCUCCACAGUGAAGGAAGCGUUUAUAGACAUCUCUUUACCCAUCAUAGAGGAGAGGAUAUCGAAACCGUCCAACCCCGGCAGGCUGGGGAAGGGCAGCCGGGAGCAGGACGCCCACAUGAGUCACAGCGAUCAGGUUCUGUCUGCAGCACACUCCGUCAACAGAAACACCAGGAAGCUCAGUGGACAGAAACAGCAGGCUAGGAGGUCUUCGAGCUCCGUGGAGGAGAAGGGGGCAGGCUGUGGUGCGGAGCGGCCAGAGGACGAGGGCGUAGCGGGCGGUUCAGCCCGUGGUGUCUCAGUCUGCAAGAUGGCUGCUGCCGGCAGCCUUUCAGACGGCAGCGAAAGAGACUCAGGUCCUCAAGACAGCAGCAACGACGCCGACAGCGAGGCUUCAGAGAGCGAGUGGGCCCCACACACCUCCUCCUCCAGCCACGCCCACGCCCAAGCGUCGUCCACUCUCACUCCAUCCCCUACACCCAUCUCCACCUCCUCACCCUCGUCAUCCACCUCCGCUAGGCAGGGUGGUGCUGUAGAGCAGCUGGUUACUGCGGUAUCUAAAGUCAACCUGGGCUUCGCCUCUGGGGACUGUUCACCUUCCACACACUGUACUCCAGAGGAGUCGGGAGAAACACAGUCGCGAGAUAAUCUCCACCAUCCACACCACCAGGGGGCGUUCCAGGCUCUGUCCCACAGUUACACCCCCAGCUCCAAGGAGUGCUCCAUCCAGUCCUGCCUACACCAGUUUACCUCUGUGGAAUUGCUGAUGGGCAACAACAAGCUGCUGUGUGAGAGCUGCACUGAACGCAGACAGAAGCAGCUGCGCAAGAGCAGCUCAGCUGAUAAGAAGGUGGAGAAGAUUUACACCAGUGCCAGGAAGCAAAUGUUAAUUUCCUCGCUGCCUCCGGUCAUCACAUUGCAUCUCAAACGCUUCCACCAGGCAGGGAUGAAUCUACGAAAGGUGAACCGCCAUGUGGACUUCCCGUUGAUCCUGGAUCUGGCUCCGUUCUGCUCGAUGACCUGCAAGAAUCAGAACUCAGCUGGUGAGCGGGUCCUCUACAGCCUGUAUGGGAUUGUGGAGCACAGUGGCUCCAUGCGUGGGGGCCACUACACCGCAUAUGUAAAAGUGCGCCCUCCCCAGAGGAAAACAGAACAGCAUCACAGAAACCUGUCAGGUGCAAGGGAGGCCAGCAGCAGCUCCCAGGGCCAGUGGGUCUACAUUAGUGAUACCACCGUUCAGACAGUACCAGAGUCAAGAGUACUCAACUCUCAGGCAUACCUGCUCUUCUAUGAGGAAAUGCUGUAAUGUGACCGGAAGUAUUUUAUACUAGAUAUCUGUUUUGCUUUGUAUUGUUUUUGUUACAGCCUGUAUAACUCCUCUUACUGUAUCUGAGAAGGAGAAAAGAAAAGGGACAGACUAUACACACACUUUUCUUACAUGUGAGGAAUGAGCGUCGUGUUACUAAAGCAGAAAUUCUCAAUAAAAAAUUGGCAUUUCUAAAUUUUAGAUAUAAAAAAGAAACCCAUGAGAAGGUACUUUCUGCUUUCAUAUAGUCCCAAUUUUCAUUCAUGUAUCCUAUUUUAAAAAAUCCUAACCUUUAAGAAGAGGUCAGGAGAGAAGAGUGUUAUUGAACCUGAGCUGUUCUAACUUUGUCGUCUAUCUGCCACAUUCUGAAACUGAAAAGCCGAUGUCAAAUGCGUGUGUGUUCACUGCUCACACACACACACACACAGAUGUAUGAGUGAAUGAGUGAGUGAGUGAGAGACAGACAGGAGAAUGUAAUUUCAAGGUGCUACGUGUAUCAUUUUCACAUCAGUAAAUGAUGCCACAUGUAGUUUGAGUUACUAUAAUUAUCUUAAACACGCACAACCAUCAUGAAGAAUAUGGGCUCCCCUGUCAGCACUCUACACUAAAGAUUUUACAUGUUGUGGAGCUGCCUCUGCUUGAUUGUUUCUGGCAAUGGCUAAUGAUAGAUGAUAGAUGGAAAAAUGAA